CGGAAAAUUCUACCGUGCCCGGGGAUCUGGUGGGGCGACACCUCAGGUUGGGCGAAUUCGUAGUCUGAGUUGGAAUUUGGUGAUCUUCGACCCUUGCCCGCCAAUGUGCGAGUGCAUCGAAUUGGCAUGGCCUCAUCAUGUUGAAGCCGCAGCACCAGAAUGCGGGCGUGGGCGUGACGUGGCGAGCGUAUCAGCCAGAGCAGAAAUUUUUGUCCUCGGUGGCUGGCACCUCGGGCUACUCUAUGGCUGUCUCAGCCCGCCGGACCUAUGUGCGCUGCGAUUUUAUGAUGCUGUAUAACCACACUCCGUACACCGCCCCCUCACAGCCUUCCAGCCUUGUGAAGAGGACUCUUCGUAGUCCUGAUGUCAAACCAAUGAUAUCAUUUCUCCCUUCCAUUGCGAAGCGGCCCGCUCUCUCCAGCAUGGGACGGGACGAGAUGAAAGUCGGCUAUCGGGACAAUUCUGUCGAUAUCGGUAGCAAGGAGGCUCUGGUGACAUUGUCUCGCUGUGAUCAAAUGUUUUCCGUGGGGUCUGUUACUGGAGCCUCGUCUCUCGCUGCUAGAGAUGCAGGCGCCAAUUUAUACAAAAUCAUUGACCACUCGUUCGAAAGUUUCAGCGAGAAAGUGCAACCCGCUGUCUGUCCAUUGUUUAGCUAGUUAUCACUCUCGUCAUAACUCGUUGAAACUAGCCAGAUGUCUGAUAAUCAACGUGAACCACUUGACUCUGCUGGCAGCAGUGACUCUGGCAUGGACUCGCCAGGUAACACAGCCGAAGCGUCUACAUUGACCGACCCUUCAUCACCAGAGAUGGAAGAGACAUUCUCGGCACCACCACGAACCAAUACAAACGCUUCUUCUAUUGUCGACAAAGCUCGGGCCAAGCAAUAUAUUCUGUCAUUCGACGGUGGAGGCAUACGUGGAUAUUCGAGUCUUCUGAUUGUCAGGUCCUUGAUGGAUCACAUUGCAAGGAUCGAGCAAGAGCCACCUGUGGCGCCAUCGAGCUUUAC